AUGCCGACUUCUAGUACUAGAAUUGUUGGUGACCAGCCGUCCAAAGCGGGGGGAACAUCUGAUGAGUCUGUCGCAGUGGAAAAGGUAGAAGCUGGGGACGAAGGCCAGCCCCAACAAGAAACCGAGCAACAAUUGGAGUACCCAUCUGGGCCUAGGUUUUGGGUGAUCGUCUUCGCACUCUGUCUUGUGGGCUUCCUCAUCUCUUUGGACAGCACCGUCAUUGCCACCGCAGUACCUGAAAUUUCCAAUGAGUUCGAUUCGUUGUCGGAUAUCGGGUGGUACAGUAGUGUGUACUUUCUUACAAUGUGCUUACCCCAGCUCUCCUUUAUGAAAGUCUAUAGCCGAUACCCCAUCCGCUUAACAUAUGGGGUUGUCAUGGUAGUCUUCCUAGCGGGCUCAGCUCUCUGCGGCGCGGCGCCCAACUCCCAGGCGUUGAUAGCUGGACGUGCCCUCGCAGGUCUCGGAGCAGCAGGUCUCUACUCUGGCAAUAAUGCUUUGGUCCCGUUCCUGGCGCCUGCUCCGAAACGACCCUUCUUCUUUGGCCUAUUCCUAGGCGCCAUGGGUCUGGGACUGGGCAGCGGUCCAUUGAUAGGUGGCGUACUCACGGAAAAUGCUACCUGGCGCUGGAAUGCAAGUUGGAUAGCCAAUAUCCUCUUCUUAUUCUACUUGAACCUGCCAGUUGGUGCUUUCAUAUGUCUCGUGCUAUAUUUUUCUGUCCAAAUCCCAGCACGUACGGGCCCAGCCAUUCCCAUACCGUGGCAAAGGUUCGUCCAGAGUCUCGAUCUGCCCGGCUUGAUUAUCCUCACGCCUGCAAUGGUUUGUCUUCUACUCGCCCUACAGUGGGGAGGAGUUACAUUCUCGUGGAGCAAUGGCCGCGUUAUAGCACUGCUAGUUGUUUUUGGUGUCUUGAUGACGGUCUUCAUCGCAGCCGAGGUUUAUCAGGGCGGCGGCAAUGCCAUGCUCCCAAACCGCAUUAUGCACCAGUUCCACGUCCUUAGUGCCGUCUGGUUUUGUAUUUGCAGUAAUGGAACAACCGCCGUUCUCAGCUAUUAUCUUCCGAUUUGGUUCCAAGGAGUGAAAGGCGACUCGCCGAUCCAGUCGGGUAUCCACACGCUGCCAUUGGUCAUUACGACCGGUGCCGCCUCUAUUUUAGGAGGAGGACUUAUGGCCACGUUUGGCCGGGUUGGGCUGUGGACGGUGAUCGGGUCUCUGUCCGCAGUUGUCGGUGCUGGAUUAUUCACGUCACUCAGACCGGACACCAGCCUGGCCAAAUUGGCCGGCUACCAAAUUCUAUCCGCUGUUGGCUCUGCCGCCGGCAGACUGUGUCCUAGUGUUGCACUUCAAAAUAUCCUAGACGACAACGACAUUUCAUAUGGCUUUACACUUCUUACGUUUUUCGCGUCCAUGGCUGGCGCAACCUCUGUAUCUAUUGGGCAGGCACUGUUCACAAACUCUCUGGCGAAAGAGUUGCGAGAACUCGGGAUACCAGAACCAGAUAUCGAUGCUGCCCUCGGGGGAGGCGUUAAUACAGUUGCGGCUGGACUUCCAACCGAGUUUCAAGCAGCGGUUCUUACUGCGAUGAACGAGUCAGUUGUCAAUGUAUGGCGGCUCCCACUAGUUUUGUCAUGCCUUGGAAUGAUUGGAGCUGUGUUCAUCCAGCGCUGGAGCAUCCGUGAGCUCAGGUUGCCCUGGGGAACUCGGAAUUAG